ACCCCUCGAUCGGUUUCGUCCCGAAUCCCAGCUCUCCUGAUUCUGAACGCCUCCAUGCGCAUCUGCUCCUCUUCCCCAUCUCCCCGCCUCCUCCUCCUCCAGACCUAAGCCAUCCUCCCCAUGGAUUCCCGGAGGCGCCCCGCGGGUUUCCUCACGCAGGCCAACGCGCUCCUCCGCAAGAACCUCUGCCUCCAGAAACGGAACCUCAAGACAAACAUUGGCAUCACCAUCUUCCCGAUCCUCAUCUGCGUUCUGCUCCUCGUGCUCCAGAACAUCAUCAACAAUGAGCUCGACAAGCCCAAGUACAACUGCGGUUGUGCCUGCGUCGACACCGACAUAUACGGGACCUGCAGGAAGAGGGAGUGUGGCGUCCAAUACUCGACGCUGGAGCAGAUCUGGAGCUGCGCGAUUCCCAGCCCGCCGCGGUGGCCAGCACUGAUUCAGGUUCCCCAGCCUCAGUUCCGGGCUGUCAGAACCGUCUCCCAGCCAUUUGAUGAUUUGCCCGAUCCGUCAUGCCGUGACUCUUUGUCUUGCCCUGCCAGUGUCCUCAUCACUGGAAAGGACCGAGGGUUUGCUGAAAGUGUUGCAGGAGGUCUGUUUCCUGUUUUCGCUCCCACUCUUAAUGUGACAGAUUAUCUUGAUGCUCUCUCCAGGAUAGUUGUUGGUUCAGACACCAUUCCAGGGUAUACACAAUUGGUAGAGCCUGCAUUUUCUUCUUCGGAUACUUUGUAUCUGCUCCAGCCUCAGUGUGUGCCCUACUUGUCGCAGACCAUUUCAUAUAAUGCCGGGGGCAUACCCCUCCUGCUAAAUAUACAGUGUGUUGAAGGUGUGUUGUUGUGGCGUGAGAGUACAUCAGUUAUCAAUGAUGUAUUAUUAAAGGGUUAUAUACAAAGAGGAGGAAAAACAAACGAGUUUAUUGCAGGUUAUGACUUCUUGAGCUCAACGGAGUAUGGCCUCGGUAUAAACGUGUGGUACAACUCUACCUAUGGCGGUAAAACCGCAUUUUCAUUUAUCGCAGCAUUACGAGUUCCACGCUUGGUGAAUGCUGUAUCCAACGCAUAUCUCAAAUAUAUCCGAGGACCUGGGAUGGAAGUGUUAUUGGAAUAUGUAAAAGAUAUGCCCAAAGUUGGAACAAGUUAUAGGUUCGACCUCUCUUCUCUUAUCAGUCCGCUAUUCUUCACAUGGAUCGUUGAACUGCUUUUCCCAGUUAUGUUGACGUAUCUGGUGUAUGAAAAGCAACAAAAGUUAAAAAUUAUGAUGAAGAUGCAAGGUCUGAAGGACGGACCUUACUGGAUGAUAUCUUAUGGUUAUUUCUUCAUUCUAUCGGUUGUGUAUAUGACAUUUUUUGUGAUUUUUGGAUCCUUGAUAGGUCUCAAUUUCUUCAGAGUCAAUAGCUAUGGCAUACAGAUUGUUUUUUUCUUUGUCUAUAUAAAUUUACAGAUUGCUUUUGCCUUUUUUGUGGCAUCUUUCUUUUCAUCUGUCAAGAUAGCCACAGUGAUUGGUUACAUCUAUGUAUUUGGCUCUGGCUUACUAGGGGCCUUUCUUUUCCGCUUUUUUAUUGAGGACAUAAAUUUUCCCCGUGGUUGGAUAUUAGUUAUGGAGAUUGUCCCAGGAUUUUCGCUCUAUCGAGGACUGUAUGAGCUUGGUCAAUAUGCAUUCUCUGGAAAUGCUAUGGGAGCCACUGGCAUGACGUGGGAAAAUUUGAAAGACCCAAUCAAUGGAAUGCGUGAUAUCUUGAUCGUAAUGACUGUAGAAUGGGCAUUGAUGCUUGUGUUAGCAUUCUAUUUGGAUCAAGUCUCUUCAAUAGGUGGCAGUGUAGGAAACCCCUUACUCUUCUUUAGAUGUCUGCAGAAGAAACAUGCACCACCAUUACAAAGUAGCUUUGUGCAGCAGAAUCAUAAAGUAGCCGUUGAUAUGGAAAAAGAAGAUGUUGCUCAAGAAAGACAAGUAGUUGAGCAAUUAUUGAUGGAUUCCAAUGCAAACCAAGCUAUCAUCUGUGACAAUCUGAGGAAGGUUUAUCCUGGAAAGGAUGGAAACCCAGACAAGCUGGCUGUGCGAGGAUUAUCUUUGGCCCUACCAAAAGGCCAAUGCUUCGGAAUGCUUGGCCCAAAUGGAGCUGGGAAAACAUCAUUCAUUAGUAUGAUGGUUGGACUUACUAAACCUACAUCUGGUACUGCUUAUGCACAUGGAAUGGAUAUAAGGAUGGAUAUGGAUAACAUAUAUACAAAUAUGGGCGUGUGCCCACAGCAUGACUUACUUUGGGAAACAUUGACGGGAAAAGAGCAUCUAUUCUUCUAUGCUAGGUUGAAGAAUCUUAAAGGUGCUGCAUUAGUGAAGGCUGUUAAUGAUUCUCUGAAAAGUGUAAAUCUGUUUCAUGGUGGUGUUGGUGAUAAGCAAGUGGGAAAAUACAGCGGAGGCAUGAAAAGAAGGCUCAGUGUGGCAAUAUCAUUAAUCGGAGACCCCAAAGUUGUCUACAUGGAUGAGCCAAGUACAGGACUAGAUCCGGCAUCAAGAAAUAACCUGUGGAACAUUGUGAAGGAGGCUAAGAGAAACCGUGCAAUUGUUCUUACUACACACUCGAUGGAGGAGGCAGAAGUACUUUGUGACCGACUUAGCAUAUUCGUCGAUGGCGAGUUCCAGUGCCUCGGAAACCCCAAAGAGCUGAAGGCAAGAUACGGGGGUGCAUACAUAUUUACUGUGACAACAUCUCCAGAACAAGAGCCGGAGAUCGAAGAGCUAGUCCAUCGUCUAUCACCAAGGGCAAACAAGAUCUACAGUCUUUCUGGCACUCAAAAGUUUGAGCUGCCGAAGCAGGAUGUGAGAAUAGCCGAUGUCUUUCAUGCAGUUGAGAGGGCGAAAAGCAGGCUCAGUAUACAUGCCUGGGGUCUCGUUGACACUACCUUGGAGGAUGUCUUCAUCAAGGUUGCCAAGGGAUCACCGGUGUUCAAUGAUGUUGCAUAGAUUGUAACCUGGAGAGUGUCUUCGUCAUGGACGGCCAAGGGACCCCAACCCCAAGCAUUCCAUGUGACUUCGUAGAUAAUCUUGUGAGUUCAUAGCAUGUAGGCUGUGCUAGGGUAAAAAAUCAUAGCAUGUAGUUUUUUUUAAGGGAAAACCUUAUUUAUAUAUGAUUUUUUAUGUGGUUCAACUUUUCGAGAGAAAGUGCAAAAAGGAAAAAGGAAAAACAGAGACAGAUUCUUGACAGUGUUAUUGCAGAGCAGAAUCGUUGGUUACUUUAGUUUGUCAGAUAGAUUUAUUUCCUGAACACUUUCUGAAAGUGAAAUUCCAUUUUGCAUUUC